CCAGCGCUAGCCCCGGCAGCUUGGUCCAGAGGAGGUAACUGAAUGUCAAAAUCCGUGGGUUUCCCCCGAAGCCCGGACGCCAUUUCCAUUUCUUUAGUGCCUGUCUCUCACUGAGCCCUUGCUCUGGAGAUAUUUUUUUUCAAGCCGCUAAACUAGGGUCCCCUGGCUCUUGCAUUCGACCACUGACGAUGGUGUCUUCUAGCGCGAGCCCUCCCAUUCCCUUCUGUAAGCCAUUAGCCAUCACCAGGAACCCGCCGUCACGCGAAGCCGCAGGCUCGCAAGCAAGGUACGGUAUAAUCCACUCUUGGGUCUUGGCUUGGGCUCUUGGGCUUAACGACGAGGAUCUCAAGGGUGUCAAGUUGCCCUUUACGGUUCCAUGCGUGGAGGCGGGUCGACGCGGAGGCGAACGGCGAACCGUCUUUGCUCUCAGCUCACUAGAGUAGUUAUAAUCAUGCUCCCUCUUCUUCUGACACCCGCUGCCGCGGGCCUCUCUCUUCUUGAUCGUCUUGUGCAUCUGAUUUCACGAUACCAGUGACAGACAAUAUGCGCAAUCCACCGCUGGAGGUGGUGGCCUCAUGGCCCCCGCCAAACUAUGACAACCCCGUUCAUCGUGGGCCUACACUGCUCAUUGUCGAGGUCACUAUCAUGUCUGUUGCCAUUCUGACACUCAUGGCCCGUUUGUACGUCCGCAUAUUCAAGGUGAACAAGCAUGGACUCGAUGACUGGCUGAUGCUGGCUGCCAUGGUAAAUAUUCCUCCCAACCUCGGCUGCAUGUGCAACCCACGAUGAUCAUCUCCAAUGCUGACUUGUGGGACUUCCAGGUGUUUGGUAUUGGUGUUACUGUCUGUGUCAUUCUUGCAGCUCAGCUCUACGGCUGGAAUAUCCAUGUCUGGGAUCUCAAGAAGUCUCAGGCGGAAAAUGGUCGAAAGGUUUCACUCGCUGCUCAGACACUCUUUCUAUUUUCCUCGGGCCUGGCGAAGAACUCUAUCCUCGUCUCGUAUCUCCGUAUUGCCCCGGCCAAAUCUUGGCUUCGUCGUUUGACUUAUGCCUCACUGAUUCUUGUCACCUCGCUCAUCUUCAUUUUCCUUAUUGUUCUUUGGACACAAUGCAACCCAACCUCUGCAUACUGGAAGCUGGACGGAGGUGACAGUUGCCGUCCUGAGGGACCUAGUGUACUGAGCCAAGCCAUCACCACUGUCAUCACUGAUCUCCUUGUCUGCGCCCUUCCUUUACAAACACUCUUCCACCUAAAACUGCCUUUCUCCCAACGAAUGGCCCUCAUUGUCGUCUUCUCUCUCGGCCUCGUCGUUGUCUUCGCGGCCUCCAUGCGCGCAUACUACACCCAUUAUGUUACCGAUGAAACCUACGAUGUCACCUGGCAGGGCUUCCACCUUUGGAUCUGGACUGCCGUAGAGGCCAACCUUGGAGUCAUCUGCGGCAGUGUACCAGCCCUUCGACCCCUAUUCCGAAACAUGUUUCGAUCCAAGAGCAGCAGCUACUACAACAAGACGAACUCUCAUGCCUACCCACCCGGCACAGCUCCAGGUGUUGUCACAGUCGUCACCGGCCCCAAGAAGAACUCCCGAAACUGGACCGAUAGUUUACAACGAAACUCCAAGGGAGUCAGGAUACAAGACGACCAUAUCGAUAUUGAAGGGGGAUACAACGAUGCUAGACGACAAAAGAGCUCAGAUAGUGGAGCGUCGUCACUCGAGAUGGACACGUGGCCACCGAGACCACAACCUAGGUCUUGGCCUACAAAUUGACGAGGCAUGAUAAUUUGACAUAUAUUGGCGUUCUUGAAACUUGGGUGGGAUUUGGAUAAGCUUUACGAAGCAGGAAUGGGCAUCAUGGGUAAAGGUCUAGGCACCAAAAAAGGAUUCAAACAGAACUUUGCUAUACUUAGCACGACAUGAUUAAAAAUUUUUCGUUUUGCCCAAUUAUUGAUCCCUAUUGCAAAGCUGAACGACAUCCUCAUCUACCGUCGAGUGCAUAGAAGACGGGUCUAGCCAUAGCGAAAAAGGCAACUUCUGGAACUUGGCCGUAUGCUUCUCUAGCCAAUUGACAUUUCACGACCACAGGAAUUUUAAUUAGCUGAAAGUCAAAUUGCAUGGGUAAAGCUUGAUUGUAUUAGACGUCAAGCCAAGAAAUCGGAGAUUUUGUCCAUGUCGCAAUGGAGUUAGGUGUCUUGUGAAGACAAGUAUUUAUUCCUGGC